AUGAAGAACCAAAUUUGUCCAAGCGGUCUCUUCGUCUGCUUUCUUUUUCUUGUUACAUUUUGUUUAAGCAUUGAAGCUCAGACUUGCAAGCCCAGUGGCAACAUAAAAGGGAGACAACCUCCUCCAAACCAAUGUAACCGGGAGAAUGACUCUGAUUGCUGUGCAGAUGGCAAGCUUUACCCCAUUUACAAGUGUUCACCGCGAGUGACCAGGAGGACGAAAGCGACCUUAACAUUAAACAGUUUUCAGAAAGGUGGAGAUGGUGGUGCACCAUCAGAAUGUGACAACCAAUAUCAUUCAGAUGAUACACCUGUGGUGGCGCUUUCAACUGGAUGGUACAAUCACGGGAAUAGAUGCCUAAACUUCAUAAAUAUCCACGGCAAUGGAAAGAGCGUUAAGGCCAUGGUGGUUGAUGAGUGCGACUCUACAAUGGGAUGUGAUUCUGACCAUGAUUACCAGCCUCCAUGUGCUAACAACAUUGUUGAUGCCUCGAAAGCAGUUUGGGAAGCAUUAGGAGUACCUGAAAGGGACUGGGGUGAAAUGGAUAUUUACUGGUCUGAUGCUUGA